AUCCACUGGCUUCCCCUCCCUUUUCUUCUUUUAAGCCCUUAGACGCCGGUUCCUACGCGCGUUGACAAUGGUAUCAGUUAUGGAUCUCCUACCGUUUGCGGUGGCCUUGGUCGCCAUUGUGGGUGGCUACCUCGUAUACUCCAGCAGCAGUAGCGCGCCCCGCAAAGUGCUCAAGCCCACCGAGUUCCAGGAGUUUGAACUCGAGCACAAGCAAGUCAUCUCGCACAACACGGCCAUUUACCGCUUUAAACUGCCCCGCCCAACUGAUAUUCUCGGCCUCCCCAUCGGCCAGCACAUUUCUCUUGCCGCCACGAUCGCCGGCCAGCCGAAGGAAGUCGUCCGCUCGUACACCCCCAUCACCUCCGACGAAGACAAGGGCCAUGUCGACCUCAUCAUCAAGUCGUACCCCACCGGCAACAUCUCCAAAUAUGUAACCGAACUCAAGGUCGGCGACAAAAUGAAGAUCCGAGGCCCCAAGGGCGCCAUGGUAUACACUCCCAACAUGGUCAGACACUUUGGUAUGAUUGCCGGAGGCACCGGAAUCACCCCCAUGCUGCAAAUCGCCAAGGCCAUUAUGCGCGGACGACCAACAGGCGACAAGACCGAGGUCGAUCUCAUCUUUGCCAACGUCAACCCUGAGGAUAUCCUGCUCAAAGACGAACUCGAUGCGCUCGCUGCCAAGGACCCUAAGUUCCGAGUCCACUACGUGCUCAACAACCCACCUGAGAAGUGGAACGGAGGCGUUGGCUUCGUGACCGCUGAUAUGAUCAAGGAGAAGCUUCCAGCCCCAGCCAAGGAUGUCAAGAUUCUGAUUUGUGGGCCUCCGCCUAUGGUUGCGGCUAUGAAGAAGGCGACGGAGAGUCUGGGUUUCGAGAAGGCGAGGCCGGUUAGUAAGCUUGAGGAUCAGGUUUUCUGCUUCUAAGUGGUUGUUGCAUUGCAACGCUUGAGGUUGUUGGGCGGAGAAGACGUAUAGGAUGAGAUUAUGAAGGGUUGUAACCUUGUGACCAAUGUGAAUUGAUAAAAUAGUCCGAAUUCAUCCUUUUGCCAUUUGAUUAAAGACGAUUUAAGGAUACGUGGUCACUUGUUAAGAUUCCACACUGCCCUUUUUGGGGGGGA